GGGGCGGCGGCGCGGCGCAUGCGCGCGCGGGCGGAGCUUCAGGGCGGCCGCCAGGGCCCGGCGCUGCCAGGGAGCCGCAGCCCAGGGAGGCGGCGGGGAAGGUCACGGGCUGGGGAAGAUGAGAGACGCCGAGCUGCUUUCCAGCGGUGACCGAGAGGGCCCCGAAGACUGAUGCAGAAAAUCAACAGGAACGUGGUUUUGGCUCUGCUUACCGCCACCAGCCUGGUUUUCCUCCUCUUCCAGCUGUACUAUUACAGAUUCUACCUAGCGCAGAAGAAUGGAGCAGUUUUUUCAAAAGGCAGAGGAAGCCAGUCGGGUCAAGACAGCGCUAGAUGGCAUGUGGUUAGGAAGUUCCUAGGUUUAAUAUCCAGUCAAAAUAUACCGGUGUAUUUGAUUGAUCCUUUGGUGCUGGGACUGAUCAGUAAAGACAUUGAACAGAUCAGAAGUUCUUCUGAUGGCUCUAGCCCAGAAUGCAAGUAUUUCUGUGCUCCAAGAGACUUUACUACAUUUGCACUACUGGACAAAAUGUGGAAACAUGAAAUGGACCUUUUUAGAACUGCUGAGAAAAUGGGGUUCCAAUGGCUAAAGAUUCUAAACAAAGACCCCCGCUUGGAGGGAAUGGAUGACCUCUCUGGGACUGAAAUACCCUUGCACUACAUCUUUAAACUGGCAACUCAUGCUAUUCACCUGGUAGUGUUUUAUGAGAGGAGUGGCCACUACCUCUGGCAUGGCCCUUUGAGGCUCAAGCAACAUAUGGACAGAAAGUUUGUGCCUUUCCGGAAACUCCACUUUGGUCGCUACCCUGGAGCAUAUGAAAAGCCUGAACUUCUGCUUGUUUCCAUUGAUGACUUAAAAGUUCAAAUUCCAAAAAAUCCUUCCAGUUUUCUUGAGGAGAUAUCGCACUCUAGAUUUCUUGAAUGUAGGUACAGAGAAGCUCGGGCUUUCUUUCAGCUGUACCCUGAUGAUGCCUCUCUUGAUGCAGUAGAGUUCAGAAAAAAAGCAAAAUCCUUGUUGCAUCUGGCUGCCAUGACACUAAAUAACUUAGGAGUAAAGUUCUGGUUGAGCAGUGGAACCUGUCUUGGCUGGUAUAGACAGUGCAGUAUCAUUCCUUACAGCAAAGAUGUGGAUUUGGGGAUCUUUAUAAGGGACUACAAAGCAGAUAUCAUUCCAGCAUUUCAGAAAGCAGGAUUACCACUGAAGCACAAAUUUGGCAAGGUAGAAGACAGCUUGGAACUCUCUUUCCAGGGAGAAGGUGAUAUAAAACUUGAUAUUUUUUUCUUCUAUGAAGAGCAUGACCACAUAUGGAAUGGAGGAACUCAGGCCAAAUCGGGCAAGAAAUUUAAGUAUCUCUUUCCAAAGUUUACUCUGUGUUGGACUGAAUUUGUAGAACUCAAGGUACAUGUACCCUGUGAAACCCUCCAAUAUGUGGAAGCCAACUAUGGCCCAGACUGGAGGGUUCCUGUGAAGACGUGGGACUGGAAGAGCUCACCAUCCAACGUUCAGGACAAUGGCAUCUGGCCUGUCGAUGAAUGGGACGAUGUCAUUCAAAUCUACUGAUCAUCUGGCUGUUAAUAGAGCGUGACUGGUCUCCUUGAAACAGUUUGUAAUUUCUCCUCUCCUUAAGGUAUCAAGAUACAUUCCUUUUGUAAGGUCUUAUCUAUUUCCUGAGGAGACAUUUACCUUUUUUUGCUUAACAGUUACCUUCAUCAUGCAUUCUUCCAGACAGUUAAAGGAAGAAAUUAAAGGCUGGAUGUGGGGAUUGAAGAGAAGGCAAGCUGCAAGGAAAAAGGUGCAAAGGGAAUAUAGAGAAGAAGUACUGCAAUAAACUCAUGGGCAGAUGAGUAUUUAAAUAAAAACCUUGGCCAAAUGGCUUAGACUUUCCAGAGCUCAUCAAAAUUUUCUCAGGCUCAAGAGGGAGAUAGGAUGGGCAAAUCCCAGACAAGUCCUCUUUUUUCUGAGUAGGCGUUUUCAAUUUUCUGCUUUUAAGCACAGAAUUAUCCCCUACUAUAUGUAACAGGUUGCUCUUUGAGUGGAACCUUUUUCAAUUACACAGAGCCUAUGUGACCUGCUUUAGAUGUAGGAAACUUUGGGAAACAGUGUAAUAUUAAAUGAAUGGGAGGACGAAUGGAAAGCCCUAUCUACAUCAGAGAUUUUCUUACAACAAUUAUUUUCAUAAACUAACCACUGUUUGCAAAUAUGACAGGGAAUGGUAUCUGUUUUUUUCUCCCUUUUUUUAAGAACACGAAGAUGUAUGCAGCAGGGAUGCAUUUCACAUGAAAAAACAUAUUCUAGAUUUGAUGUCCCAAUUAGUGUUCCUAACGUACAAAUUGCGAGCUGAUUUUAGGAAAUUAUAGCUAUAUAUGCUUUCUUACAGACAGAUAGAAAUUGGGGGCACUGAUAAAAUUCUGUUGUUUAACUUGGGAUCACAGAGCAGAGAUCUGAGAAUCAUGGCUCUGUUCUCUGUAAGCAGAAAUGUGUACAAAUGCUAACUGUUCCAUCAAAUUUGCAAUAGCUUUAUUGCAAGUGAAGUAUUAGCAUAACACUAGGCUUUGUAUGGAGAGGGAGCUGAAGCCUGACAACUCUCUCUCCUCUUGUUACAGCUUGCACUUUUGGUCAGUGAAAUAAGCUUUUCUGUUCAGUGUUUUGUUGAGGGGUAACUAACAGCUUUCAUAUGAGCUUGUGCAUUUGAAUUUGUUCCAGACUCCUGUGCAGGAAAGACAAGAGUGUUAGAGUUGCUAGUGAGUUAAGACUACUAGAUGUACGGUACAGACCCAGGGGUACUUGUGAACCACUAUCAAGAUACUGAAUGUUUCUCAUGUUUUCUUACAAAAAAAUCUGUAACCAUUCUUUGCUUGAGCAAAAAGGCUGAGUCACAGCUUUUCUGUCUCGGUAGAAAUAGUGAGACUAUAGUUUGCAGUCUGUUGAUUUGCAGUUUUCAUCUGUGUAUUUGAAUUUAUACAGUUCUGAAGAGAUGAAAUAGCCGCUGCCAUGUGGCUAGUUUACUACUGUACCAUUCCAGGUGCACUCUGGGACUUUCCUGCUAUUUUCCUCCUGGAGUGACACACAUGUUUUCCUGCCAACCCUGUGUUCCAGAAUUCUCCUGCCAUUGAAACACUGGAGUAAAUUAUUCAGCUUCUGGCAAAGACUUGUCAUGCUGGCUCUUCAAGUGGUAUGAUAACUUUGUUAGUUUUCCCUAAUUAAGAAGAAAGAGUUGUAAAAUUCUGCUGAUAUCAUUUUAUUUGAUAAAGUAAACCUUGCCUCGUAAAGGAUAAUUUCUCAGGUAGAAUUUUUCACAUUUUUUCUUUAAAAUGGCAAAAGCCAAUGUUCUUAUGGUUUUGGUAUUCAGAAUUCCGUUGUCAUUAAGUUCUUUGUUUAAUAAUGUACAAUAAGCCUGUAAGUUUUGCAGAUAUGAUAGAACUUUGAGUGAAAGAGAGGAUACUGUCAGAAAAUUAUAGUCUUGUCAAAUUUUUGACUUUGUACUUGUAGAUGGGAAGACUAACAGAAAAAUGCAUGCCCCUGAGCAAGAGGGUGUCUUAAAUAUUUGACUAUAACUGUGUUUAACUUAUUCUUCAAAUUAAAAUAUUUUCUCUUCAGAAGAUACAAAUGUAUAUUUAACAUGGAUUAAAAGAACGAAAGUCUAAUUUGCAGCUAAAGAUGUUGAUUCAUCCUUUGUUUUGUCAUCUUGGGCAGUAUUUAACACACCUCAUUGCAGUUACUGUAAAAUAACAAAGAAAUUUUUGAACUGUUUCUUAUACUGCUUAUUGACUGUUUAUCUUAAGCUUUUUAUUUUUUAAUAAAUUGGAUGAAAUAUGUCAGUUA